AUGGGUCCUCAAGCAAAGAGGAGAAAGGUGGCCAGCAAAGUUGAGGAAAUUAACUUCGACCCUGCUGACCGCGAAUCAUUCCUUACAGGCUUUCGCAAGCGAAAGCAGCAACGAAUCAAGCAUGCACAGGAAGUGGCAAUCAAGAAAGCGAAAGAAUUGAAGAGGGAAGAGCGCAAGAGGAUUCGGGAAGAACGAACUGCUGGUUUCCAACGUGCGAUCGAAGAACAUAAAAGACAACUUAAAAAGCUGCAGGCAGCGGAAGAUGGCAGCGAUGGCUCAGACCAGGAGAGCGAAGACGAGGAGAACGAGGAAGAGGAUUGGGAGGGCUUUGCGGAACCUCCCGCCGUGGACUACGAAGCUGAAUAUAUCGACGAAGACAAAUAUACGACGGUAACAGUGGAGGAGAUGGAUACCUCUAAGGAAGGACUCUUCCGAUCGACAGUCGACGAUUCCGAUAAUGAAGACGAAGGAUCAGAGUCAGGGUCUAGAGCGACUGCCGAUCCCAUCCCGUCUGCCGAACAAAGCAAGAAGCGGAAGUCCGACACCAAGCCCAAGAAGAAGAAAAAGAAGUUCCGUUACGAAAGCAAGGAAGACCGCAAGGUGACGAGAAUGAAGGAGCGCGCAUCUAAAUCGAGAAAGGCAAACGCUCGACGCGAACGUUCAUGA